UGUCAGCCACAAUCCACUCCCAUCCACUCCUCCACUAUCCUGGCUUAUCAUCUCAGUGUUCUCCUCACAGCGAACCGUUCAGUACCUCCCUGCUCAGCUCAACCUCCUCCCCUCUCCUCAAGCCACCCGACCAAACCUGCCGAACCCUCUUCGAGAUAUCGUUGUCGCCGUGGCAGCCCGGUGUCACUCAUAGCCUUCCCUCCACUCCAUCUCCAUUCGCAUCCCACGUCCGUCGCCCAUUCGCAUUCCAACCCCGCCUCACCGCACUCCACCCCACCCCACCCACUACCGACCAGUCCCCCAUCUACCCCCUCGCCAUGGCCGUCAGAGCACGCGAGCCGCGCGGCACGAGGCUCAUGCGCCUCUGCGUCGCGCUCCUCCUCAUCGCCGCGGUGCUCGCCGACAGCGCCGCCAGCGCCGGCGCUCAGCCGUCGCCUUCCCCCCAGAAGUCCCAAGGCCUCCUCAACCGUCUCAACGGGUGGCGCCUGAAACACUCGCGCAAGCCGCCUCCCACUGGCGCUGCCGGUGCUGCUGCUACAGCCGGAGCAGCCGCUACAGCCGGCGCGAAGGCGCUGGUGACGCCUUCCGCGACCUGUCAGGCGUCGACGCUCGCGGGAUACACGAGCUCCGUGGACCUCUCGGGCAACGGACUGGUCCUCCACUGGAAGAAGUCAACGGGGUCAACGAUCGACCUCGCGCUCGAGGCCAAGUCAACGAGCGGCGCGGCGAGCGGGUGGUUCUCUGUGGCGUGGACCAACGGCGGCAUGUUCAACUCGGACGCCGUCAUCGGGAACAUCGCCACGGGGACCGGCGUCGGCACGUACGCGAUAUCCAGCUACUCGAGCGUGGUUACCACGUCGCGGUUCACCGUCACUGCCGCGAGUGUUACAACGUCGGGCGGGAGCACGAUCGCGAAGUUCACGCGAUCGACGGGCGACGGGAUCGUGGCGGUGAACGUGGCGGGGAGCAACAAGCUCGUGUGGGCCUACUCGUCUGGCGGCUCCAAGACCGUCGCCAACCACGGCGGCAGCCACAGAGGCUCCAAGACCGUUGAUUUCUCCUGCGACGGCACGUCCUCAGGCUCGGGAACAGGCACGGGAACAGGCACGGGAACGGGCUCGGGCACCGGAGCAGGGACGUGCACGGGCAACACGGGCGUGAGCGGCACUGCAUGCCCUGCGUCCACUCUCUGCGGCUACUCCUACCAGGCCCAAAUCAAAUCCGGCGUGCUGCUGCACUGGAAGGUGGUUUCGGCCACGCAGCUGGACAUGGCUGUCGAGCUCAAGAGCAGCAGCGGCGCCAGCAACGGGUGGUUCGCACUCGGCUGGGCCAACGGCGGCUCCAUGGCUCCCUCUGACGCUGUCAUCGGCAACAGGGCAGGCGGCCUUGUCAGCCCAUACCGCAUCACAGGCUACACUAUGAGUUCGUUACAGGGCGCCUCGUUUAGCAUUGGCAGUGGCGCGGGGACUGUGACGUCCGCCACCGGCUCCACAGUGAUCCAGUUCUCGCGCACAACUGGCACGGGGUCCAUUCCCAUCAAGAUGAGUGGCGUCAGCCGUCUCAUCUGGGCUCACUCCAACUCCAACUCCAAGACCCUUGCGUUCCACGGCGGCGCAGAUGGUAGCAUGUCUGUGGACUUCUCUUGCGCAACUGCCCCGUCGUCCGGCGGUGGUGGUGAUAGCGAGGGCGGCGAUAGCGAGGGUGGCGAUGAUCAGGGCGGUGUUGACUCGGGGGAGGGCGGUGGUUCAGGCUCGGGUUCCAGUGGGGCUUUCCUCUCGCAGCUCAUAGCUUGGCUCGGCUCGCUCUUCGGCUUCCGCAAGUAGUGGACGUACACUGCACACUGCACACCACAUAAUGGACGCAGUCCCUUGUGUUUGUUGGUGGUGGUGAUUAUCAGGAGAAAGAGGUGGAGCGAGUGGAGUAGUGUAGCCCAAAGCAGUUGGCUGGACCACAGGCAUCUUUUGGAGCUGUGAGAGGGACUGCACUUUACAGCCUAAAAGCUGGUUGUGAUGCCUUGCCUUGCGAGCCAUCUAUGAGUGGCCAAUUUUCCAUCUUCAAUUGUACCGUAAUCCCCCGUAUAUAACACCCUAUGGUGUAUAUAAAAAUUCACUAAAAAA